AUGGCGCCCAAGAAGCCCUCCUCCACGCAGAACGCGACGCUCCAGUCCAUGGGCAUGGACGUGAUCAAGCAGUACCCGGGCCCGCUGUCCCUGACAGUCUCGAGGGCCGUCAAGCUAGCCAUCAAGAGCCGGCUCCCGGGCAAGCACUCAGUCUUCCCGCACCUCACCGGCGCGGAGCAGAACGCGUCGUACACGGGUACGGCCGUCGAGUUCACGGAGCGGCACACGUUCGUGCGGCACGGCAAGGCCUGGGGCGCCGCGCACACUAGGCCCGGCAUCCGCUUCAUCUGCGACUCGGACGCCAUAGCUCCGAUGCUGCCGCUUCGGCUGCGCCAUCCUCGGGCUCGGCCAGCCCGUCGACCUCCGGCCACGCCGCCGACCCACCCUCCGCCGACCCGCUCGGUGGCGUCGACAUGUCGCUGCUCCAGCGCGCCGGUGUUCUCCAGAACACGCCAUACGCUGCAUGAGUAG